GCUGCUGGUGAUGAUGCUCAGCAUGCACGGUGAGUGACCAGCUCGUAACCACAUCCACAGCACAGGAAACCACAGCUUCAAUGAGCAGAAACCUUGACCUUUUCCCCCAAAGCAAUGUAUGUUUUUUUUUACUGUGCUGGUGAUGACCACCCAGAAGUGGUGGCAACAAACAGGAGGAGCUGGAAGCCAUCAUGCAGCAGGAAUCGAAGACUUAGUAGGCAUCUCCAAAUGAUGGUGGGAUCACUGCCACAAGUGCAGUGGUGCUGUGGGGGGCUGUGAGCUCUUUUGGAGAGGUAGGCACGGAAGGAGAGGGCAGUGAUGUGUCUCUCUGUGUCAGGGAGUGCUUCACUGUGGUAGAGCUCAAUGCUGGGAAUGAUCAGGUCGAGUCAUUAUGGGUAAGGUUGAGAGGGAUGGGCAGCCAGUUUGACAUCCUGGUGGGAGUCUGGUACAGACCACGGGGCAGUUUAACUCGGCGCCUGGCUGAUGGCUGCAGGUGGGUCCUACCUGUCUGCAAGGGGCAUACGGAUCCCAGCCUUGGAGCUGGCGGGGCUCAUUGAGAUGGCUUUAACCUGGCAGCUCUUUGGGGAUCGUGUGUGACACUGAGGGGUGACAGUCACUAAUUAGUGAUCAGGGGUAAGUAAUACAACAUGCGGAGAUGACAUCACAGCACUACAACCACAAGAGGAACUGACAGCCGCUCUUCAGCCGCUUCCUGACCCAGCUGCAGUCUUGCUGUCCCCAAGCUGCUCCAAGCUGCCACAUGUCCCGUGUUUGGCAUCCCGAGAGGGACACCAUGCAAGGCAUCACACUACCAGAAGUUUGGGCACAGCAUGUGACACCUGAGGGGUGACAACCUGCGUGAGGCACCCCAACAGGGGCCAUGUAUGCAGCUCUAAGCAUGCCACCCUAUAGCAGAACCCCAAAGACACCACCCCGUGCAGACCACAAUUGCAACACUGAGGAUGUGACAUCAUGACACUUCUUGUUCACAAGAGAAACUGACAGCAGCUCUCCGGCCGCUUCCUGUCCCCGCAGCAGUCUCACUGUGUGAGACUCAGCUGUCCCCAAGCUGUGCCGCAUGGCACCAAUGGCGCUGGCCCUCAUCCUGGGUUGGUGUCUGGUGGCAGCAAGCAGGGCACAGCACCUGCCCCCACCCUCCCUGUCACUGCACCCCAGCCAGGGGGUGGCUGUGGGGGACUCUGUCACCCUGCGGUGUCACCUGCCCCGGCCGGCUGCCCGGGUUGAGCUCUACAAGGAAGGAGAGCGGACAUGCACAAUGCGCAAGGACACAGACAAGGAGCAGGAUGCAGUUGAGUUCUACUUGGCUGACAUAAAACGGGAAGACGCUGUGAAGUACCAGUGCCAGUACCGAGUGCUGGAUCCACCAGGGACAUUGGAGAAGAGUGACCCCGUGGCGCUGGUGGUGACAGAUCCCAGCUACCCCCCACCCACCAUUUCCCUGAGCCCUGAGGAACACGUGGAGACGGGGACCAACGUCACCAUUCGCUGCUGGAACAAGCCUUAUCAAGGCUCCACCUUCCUGCACAAGGACGGGCACUCAGCCCCUAUCCAGCACCAAGACCCCGAUGGUGGGGGCACAGCCACUUUCACCCUCUUUAGGGUGUCCCCAGCUGAUGCUCGCACCUAUAGGUGCUCCUACCGG